GGAAAGGUUGCACGGCGCGUCAAACGAGCUUGUGAAAAGGGGAGUAAGAUGUGGGGAGGUGCUAUUCCGACCCCACACUUGCCAUUCCUUCGGCAGUGAUUGCACGCGCGAUAAUAUAUGCUACAUGCUUCCCCUCAUUUCAGCAUCGCUGCAGCUUCCGACAUAAAUCCUGACCAGUUUUCAAUCUUAUUGGCAGCAUUGCUAUCAAUAUGACCACAUUUGUCGACGAAAAGGCCUCACCUGAGCUUGCCGCCACAAGUGAUAAUGGUGGUCUAGAAGAGAACGCCGCUGGAGUUAUCGAGGCUCCUGUCACAAAAACGGCGGCAGACAAAGCACUAGUUUUCAAGCAGGACUUGCGCAUUGUGCCUCUAUCUGCGGGAAUUUACCUGCUCUGCUACCUUGACAGAUCAAAUAUUGGCAAUGCUAAAACAUUGAAUUCCAACGUCCACCAUGAUCUUCUUUCCGACACAGGAAUGACUGCGUAUCAGUUCACGAUCGCACUGAUGGUCUUCCUUGUCGCCUAUGCCGUUUUUGAAGUCCCGUCCAACUACUUCUUGAAAAAGUUCAGCCCUAGCAAAUGGAUUGCCUUCCUCAUGUUCUCCUGGGGAGUCAUGACUGUUGGUCUUGGUGGAGCCCAAUCAUACGCCUCCGUCACUGCUGUACGGUUCCUACUGGGCGUUUUUGAAGCAGGUCUCUUUCCCGGACUGGUGUAUUAUCUGACCUUCUGGUAUCGAACUGAGGAAAGAUCGAUGAGAGUUGCCAUUAUCCUAGCAUCUGCAACCUUGGCUGGAGCCUUCGGUGGUGCAUUGGCGUAUGGUAUCGGCCACAUGGAUCAGGCUGGUGGUCUCUCCGCUUGGCGGUGGCUGUUUAUCAUUGAGGGCAUCCCAAGUGUCUUGUCCUCUGUGGCCGUCUUCUUCUUCCUGCCCGACUACCCCGAGACCGCCACAUGGCUCACGCUCGAGGAACGUGCUCUUGCCGUCGAGCGCCUGCGGGUUGAAGGCUCCCACGGUCACGGUCAGAGCUUGACUUGGGCUCAAGCUAAGUCUACAUUGACCGACUGGCGCCUAUACGCCCAUUUCGCGAUCUACUUCGGCAUCUCUGUCCCAUUCUCGUCGCUGUCUCUGUUUACGCCAAGUAUUACCGCUGGACUAGGAUAUGCCAACCUUGAGGCCCAGCUAAUGACUGUGUCGCCAUACGCUGUUGCUUAUGUCGUGACGAUUUUCGUCUCAUGGUCUGCCGACCACUACAAUGCCCGCGGCUUGCACACCGCCGGCAGCGCCCUUGUAGGCGCAUGCGCUUUCAUGGCCAGCGCUCUCCUCCCUGCCACCUCAUACCAAAAACGUUACGGCUGCCUAAUCGUCGCCUGUUCUGGCGCAUUUGCCACCAUUCCGCCUCUGCUUGGCUGGCUCUCCUCAAACGUAGAAAGUACAGCCGCGACCGGUCUCGCCAUCGCUCUCAACAUCUCGUUUGGUGCGCCGGGCCAGAUCACGGGUGUUUGGAUCUAUACUGCUAACGAGGCGAAAAGGGGAUAUCCAACUGGUCACUGGGUUAAUGCUGGGAUGUUGUUCUUUGUUGCGGUGGGAUCCGUGGCUCUUGCGCUUUACUAUAGAAUGCUGAACCAUAGGAUUCUGAAGAGGGGAGCUGUUAGUGGGCAGACUGUUGAGAAGUUGUAUAGGUAUUAGAAUCGGAAGUAGACUAAUUCGAUAGAUAGAUAACUUUUGAUUCUUUUCAGGCGGUUAGCUCUGACGAUG